AUGGCUGCAACUUCUACUACUUGCUUCACAAAACCCCAUCCAGAUGCUGAGCUUGAAGAUGAAGAAUCAGAAAGCCUUAGCCAAGAAUGUAAGGAUCUGCUUCUUUCUCUCCCCAAAGAGAAGGGUUGGGACUUACCAUCCCUUUAUCUCUACCAAGACAUUUGGUGCCCUUCACCUCGAAUUCAAGCCAUAAUUUCUUUUCAACAGCACUUCCAAGCAAAAGAUAGUGAUAUUAUCAUAGCUUCCUUCCCAAAAUCUGGUACUACUUGGUUAAAAGCCCUUACUUUUGCCAUUGUGAAUCGUAAUUGUUUCUCUUCGUGUCAACAAAAUCAUCCUUUGCUCAUUUCCAAUGCUCAUGACCUUGUGCCUUUCUUUGAGUUUAACUACUAUGCAAACAACCAAAUUCCUGAUCUCUCCGACAUGUCUGAACCAAGAAUGUUUAGUACGCAUGUUCCAUUUCAUUUAUUGCCUGAUUCUAUUACCAAAUCCAAGUGCAAGAUAAUCUACAUAUGUCGUAACCCAUUUGAUAAUUUCGUGUCAUUUUGGCUUUUCCUCAACAAAAUUAUCCCACCAUCAUUGCCCAAGUUAUCUCGUGAGGAAGCAUUUGAGAGGUACUCCAAGGGAGUCAAUGAAUGUGGUCCAUUUUGGACUCAUAUGUUGAGUUAUUGGAAAGAAAGCAAAGUGAUGCCAAAAAAGGUUUUGUUUUUAAAGUAUGAAGAUCUGAAAGGAGAUAUCAAUUUCUACUUGAAAAGUAUGGCUGAGUUCUUGGGUUUCCCAUUCAACUCAGAGGAAGAAAAUAAUGGUGUUAUUGAAAGCAUAAUUGAGCUAUGUAGCUUUGAGAAGAUGAAAGAAUUGGAGGCUAACAAGAACGGUAAAUUUAUCCACAAGUAUGAGUACAAGAAUUUCUUCAGGAAAGGUGAAGUAGGAGAUUGGGUGAACCAUUUCAGCCCUUGGAUGCAAGAGAAAUUGUCCAAAGUGAUAGAAGAUAAGUUGGGUGGCUCUGGUUUAUCCUUUUAAUUAUUCUAUUCAACUAAUUAAGCUAUAAAUUCGUAUGAGCGCCAUAAUGUUUUCUCUGGCAGUGAUGAGAACAUGCAUUAGUUUUGAUUUCCCUGGGUUGCUGUAAUAUUGUCUUUAUAUGAAUUUGUAUCCAUUAAUUGUAUGAAAUGCAUGCAU